AUGGGGUAUGAAAUCUUCCUUGAUGCGAUAAAACCCGAUGAUCUGACCCUGUCUUUCCUACGGGAUUUCUUGUCCCUUCCCAAGAACUUCAUAACAGGAAAAGCUGAGCUACAGGAAUUCAUCAUCCGCUAUGGAACCCAUUACAUCAAGUCAGCAAAAUUUGGCGGUUCAUUCCAGCUGUAUAAGACUCAAGAAGCGACUAAGAGCGAAAGUUUGGAGUCUUUCUCUGUCUCAGCCCAGGCGUCUUACAGCGGCAUGUUUAGUGCGGGAGCUCACUACGGGAGGAAGGAAGAAAGUGGGAGCGCCUCGUCGCAGAAGUCUUCCAGCACCCAUCUUGUGAUUGAAGGAGGUGACCAAAAAGUCGCGGGAAUCGUCGCAGACUUCUACACAACCAACUUCAAGGACACCUUCACCGAAUGGCUGAAGUCUGUUCCGACAUACCCAAAACCUAUCGACAUGUUCAUGGGCACCUUGUCAGAGCUGCUGAACUUGAACUUCAAACUUCUCUUCCCCUUUGACGUGAGUGAUGCUGCAGAUGGCUGCUUCAGUAAAAACUUGCUGACAGAGGAAGGGACGCUACGGAAGUACUAUAACGUACCGGUUCUCGUGGAGGAAGGAAAUAAGACAAUAACGGAGAAUGAGAAACGGUACUGUGACGAUACAUCAGUCGAGGAGUUUCAGCUCAGUAUGGACAAGAAGCGACUCGCACUGGAAAGGGGAAUUGCUGUUUACAUGGAGGAGGGUCCAAUCCCCACGACAGACUUUCAUCUGGAGGGUGGGAAACCCGGAUGUCAGACUGACCUCCUUAUGGUGAAGGGAGGAGACGCUGGAGUUGCACACCCAUCAUGGCUUGACCUGAUCAACGGAGACACAUAUAAGAUUUUCUUCGACCUUCAGCGCGAUAUUAGUAAAGAUAUAAGCAAGGACACUGAAGCCUAUGUCGUUUACUCGGAGGGCAGGUGGAACUGCCAUCAUCCCGGGAAGACCUUUCACGCAUAUAACAGUUGGGACAACGGCGGGAGCGGUGACACUAACAACAAGAAGGUAUCCUGCUUUGGUUUUGUGAUGACGUACCAUGAAGAGACUGGAAAGUUAAUUGCCACAGUAGACGAUGUGAAAGUUUCCCUUAAGAUUUUUCGAUACCUCGAUCGGAUCCUCCCCAACGUAGUGAACUCAGUUGUGGGCAGAGUUGAGUACGUCAGUCCACUAGAGCAUUCACAGAGCAACAGUGGGGCUUUAUCGAAUAUCCUUGAAGCACCCUGCGAGGUGAAGUGGUCCAACUCCUACCAGAUCAAACCUGCAGAGGAGGGCGGGAAGUGUCUCUACUUUGUUGCGGCGUCUAAAGGCGACAUUUUUGUUGUCUUCUCCGCCAUCCCGAGGGACAAGACCACCUGGUACCAUCUCCAGAUCAGUUUCCAAGGUGUCGCGCUCUACAAGGGAUUGAAACUGGUUAAGUACGAGGGAGAUAAGAGCGCUAGAAGUCUAGGAGACUCCAAACUGUUUCAGCCAUACUUCAUUUGCAUUGAAGAAGACAUGGACAAACAACAAACCUACAUCAGAUACGGCAUCGGCUCAGAUAAUUCGGAAAAGGGCUUGAUCUACAUGGUCUACACUGAUAAGAGUAAACCAAUAGGUAUCCGAUUCUACUCAUUUGGAAGCGGGGAAAAUGACAUAGAGAUCAUGGACGCGAGGAUCAUUGGGGGAAGCGCCACAGGAGAGAUGGAAUGUACAGGAGGAACUGUCAUGGUGGAUGGCAGAUGCGUGGAAGACUGUCACCCAGAAUGUAACGGAUGUAUUCCGAAGUCUCCGGGAUCAAAGCUGGACACCGAAUGCCGUCUGUGUCAGCACUUUUCUAUUCAGCAGGAUGAUGGAACUACGAAAUGCGUGGGGGAAUGUCCGGAAGGAAAGAAAGCGGCUCCAAAUGGCGUUACGUGCAUAUGUGAGGACCUUUCCAUCCUAGACGACAAUGACAAAAUCCAAUGCGUCACAGCGUGCCCAGACACCCAUGAAGUGGGCAACGAUGGCGUGACCUGCGAACCUAAGACAGUCAUAUACAAGUGGAGGUUCGACGAUCGUUGUGGUCCAAGUUACACGACACCGACAGCCAACCCUGGACAGUGUGACCCAGAAAGCUCUAAGCCCUGCUGUUCCCCAUCGGGAUACUGUGGGGAUUCCGCCGCUCAUUGCACCUGCUCAGGCUGUAUUGACUAUCGGCCAAAGUGGAGGGAAGACUGGAAAUGUGGCCCAGGCAACGCUGCACUAGGAGCGAAUCCCGCCCAGUGUGACCCAACAUCAAGCACGCCCUGCUGUUCCCCCGACGGAUGGUGUGGGGCUAGCAACGAUCACUGCCAGUGCUCAAGCUGUUGGGACUACCGUAAUGUCGCCCGAGGGAAGGCAACAAGACAAACAAGCACCGACUAUGAUGGGGCCCCCGGCAGGGCCGUGGACGGGAACGCCGAUGCCAACUACGGCGGUGGUUCCUGUACACACACUAAUACAGAGGAUUAUCCAUCCUGGAGGGUCGAUCUCGGUAAAACGUAUGCGAUUGACAGGGUGGUCAUCUAUAAUCGCCGGGACUGUUGCAGUGAUCGACUCAACAACUUCAACAUCCACAUCGGGGAUGACCCAUUACCUAAAAACAACCCCAAGUGUGGAGGGAACCAUCAAGCCGGGAACCAGAACCCCAUCACCGUCUCAUGUCCGCAAAUGCAGGGACGAUACGUUGCCGUCCGUCUUCCUGGAUCGUCAAGGGUACUAUCCCUGUGCGAAGUUCAAGUUUAUCCUUGCUUCGAUUGUGUUGUCUUUAGCAAUGUCGCCCUGGGGAAGAGAACGGUUCAAACGAGUGGGGAAGCGGAUGGCCCAUCCAGCCGUGCUGUAGACGGCAACACCGAUACCAACUGGGGUGGAGGAUCCUGUACACACACGCGAACAGAGGCGAAUCCAGCCUGGCGGGUGGAUCUCGGCCAAACAUAUCAGAUUGAUAAGGUGAAUAUCUUCAAUCGCCGGGACUGUUGCAGUGACCGACUCGACCCCUUUAACAUCCACAUCGGGGAUUCUGCCUCAGCACUCUCAAACCCCAAGUGUGGAGGUGACCAUCGCAUCGGCAGCCAGGCGUCUAUGUCCGUCUCAUGUAACAGGAUGCGGGGACGAUAUGUGUUCGUCCGUCUUCCCGGAAACUCCCGAACACUGACCCUGUGUGAAGUCCAAGUAAUGGGUGGCUAGUGAUUGAACGACCCAAAUGGACCCAGCCGUCAUUGACUUCAACGAAUAAAUGGCUGCAAAAAAACCAUAAGUCAUCGAAAGACACACAAGUUUGCUCUCUACUUGAGCUUGACAUACAAUCAACUUUAGUAACACGUAGAUAAAAGACGAAACCUCGGAAGUUUAUGUUUCAAUUUAAAAAAAAAACAUUUGAAUUUACGGAUUUCUUGGCUUCAACUUGCACCCGUUUGUACACUAUAGUGUUGGCAAUGAAGCAAUGCUAAAUACAAACUGCAUUUUAUCUUUGACAGCAGGAGCAAAAGCAGAAUUUACCAAGUCGAUUAACUAUGUUACAGCAACCUAUCGGUAGUAUAUCUGUAGUUUAGUGGAUACAGAAUCAAGGUUCGGUGUACUUUGUAUUCUUGGCAUAAGCACAGAAAACAUUAUUGAGCAGAACAGCUAAGAACCAUUUUGUGGUUCAGCUUCACAAAAAUGGUAACAUUAAUAUGAUAUCAGUAAGGUUAAACGGACGUACAGUGGUAGUCUUUUGUAACUCCUUAUAACUUUUCUUUCUCAUUCAAAACCAAUCAUAGGCAACAGGGGCUUUUUACCUUAGGUAAGGGUUUUACGACUUCAAUGCAGAGCAUUUUAUUGGUGAUUAUUAAAGAUAAUUAAAGAGUUGAAGUGUAAGAAUACGAUUAAAAAUCUUGUUAGUAGAAAAGGGAUAGCGAUGAGAAAGGAAGGCUGCUUAGAUAUAUAUUAUUAGAAUAUUCUAUCUCUGUAUGCAUAUAACUCCAACUUUCUUUUCUUACAAAACUAAACAUAUGGUACGAUAUCAUUUCUGAGGGUGGUAUUUUUACACGAAGCACUGCUUCCACAUUUUUGGUGGUAUUUUUAGACAACGUAUUGUAGAGUUUGAACCAGCUUGGCAAAGCAAAAUUCUAAACAAUAAUUUUCCUAAUUACUUUUUGCCUUUUUACUACUAUCGUUUUACCGGAAAUGCAUUUAGCUGUGUAGCGUUUUAUCCGUAUUUUAUCCGUACGUUAUCUGCAUUUAUACGCCUUUAAAGAACGCUUAAACAACGAAAGGUAUGUCUUUCCAGUACUAGUGUUUACCGCCUAUAGUUGCACAAAAUAAAAGGAGGGGUGUUCUGAUAACCAACCUGCUAAAUCGAAAACAAAUGUAUGGGAAAAUUCCUGGCCUAAAUGUGUGUUGUAGUAGCUUUGGUUAAGUUGUUUGAAUGUGUAUAAAGGAAAAAGUGAUUGCUGUUAAUUCUAAACCUUAUCUUUAUUUUAGGGAACUCAUCCUUUUUCUCUUGAUCCUGGGCAGUUCAGCAAGGAUAAUAUUUUAAAAAGAUAACACCCUCAGGACAAGCAUAAAGUCAGUCUAGCUGCUUUAUUUCAUCACACUUGGAAUGCGAAUAAUUCAGCAUCAAAUUUGCACGCAAAAAACAUUCCAAUAUAAAACAAUAGAGACUGUCCGGGCCUCUAGUAAGCAACAAGAGCCUUCCAAAUCUGUAUUUCAGAAAUCACCCAUUUCAUUGCAUAAAUGCUUGUAAGGCUUAAUUUUGUGUAUUUGUUUCCGAUUGGAGUAAUAAAAAAAUCUUCUUAACCUCCUCCCAAUGGCGUAACGGAGCAACCAAUAGACUUAUGAUAAUUAAUGAUAAUAGUUGUUUAAUGAAUUAAUAUGUUACUGAUCUGCAAAAGACCAACAGGAGAGGGUGCUUUUCUUUACUAGGGAUUAUGCUCAUUACUUAAAGGUGUGCGCUCGAAUCAGUAAACCUACUAGCAGGAGUUGUACAAUGGUUGUAGGAUAAAAAAAACUAUAGACAGGAUAUGCCAUAUACAUGUGACAUUUUGACGUAGUUUAUGUGAGUUUGGGUGGCUGUGAGGCCACAUGAAGUCAAUUGUAUUGAUGGCAUCUUCCAAAAAACUCACUGAUGACAAACUGAAACAAAUGACGAUUUGCUAUUCACAAUAGGCAGGGAUCAUAGAUACCGCAGUGUAAACCACUACUACAGGAUAGGAACCAAAAAACUUUUCCGAAACAAGAAUAAGGAAGGUAUCCAAGGUAUCUGUAUUGGUUGAUCUUUUGACCUCCUUUAAUACUAUAGAAUCUGAUACUGAAAGUCAUAAAACCACCUCCUAUGUGCCUACUAGGGGUAGGUACUGGUACAGAAAAUUCAGGUCUACGUACGGUCCAGGUCCAGAGGAUUAGGUCCGGGUCCCCUACUGGACCUGAUUGUCUGUCAAAACUUGUGAAUGGACGAUAC